AUGUAUCUACUAACACUAUCUCUUGCUAUUCCACUGUCUCUGGCUAUGUACUUCCUUGUCUGCCGCCAACUAAAACAAACUUUUCACGGCGCACCAAAACUUCGACCUGCAACUUUUCGCCCCGCAAAGCCGACGAAGAACAACCAAGCAAGCCAGCAGCAACAGGAAGAAGAACCAGAGACGCCGCCAGCAAGAAGACGCCGCCAGCGACAGCAGACGCCGACGGCCAGACGAGCAGCCCCGGCUGAGAGCGAGAAGGACUCCCUCCCCAAUAAAGGACCAGCUAAGUUGUCUGGCCCCCUGUCGCUCGCUGCCUGA